UUCUGAGGAGUGUGACGGGAACUCUGCGGGCUGCAGGAGGACGCUGGGGUCCCGGAGGGUGCCUCCCGCCCCUUCACCUGCCGCCACGUAGGAGGCCACUCAGGAGACCGUUGUCCAUCAUCUCCCUUCCCAUGUACGUCAUCCUUCCGUGGAAGAUGUUAUGUUUUCAGAUUUUUUGGCUGGGUCCGGGUUUGAACCUGCCAUCUCCGGUAUAUGAGGCCAGUGCCCGACUCCUUUGAUCCACAGACUUCCAGAAAUCAUGGUUCAUACUCCCGUCUCAUCUUCCUUAAAACCUCAUUCACUCCUGGCUGCAGUGGAAUGAAGAUCGCCCUGGGGACCUGCCCUGUGUGACCUUGGGCAGGGUAAUGAACUACUCCAAGCCUCAGUGUUUCCCACUGUGACUUCUAAAGAUAAAGCAAGGAAAGACUCUUAACGCAGUCCCUGGCACACAGAAAGUACUAACCGCAUCCCUCUUCCUGCCCUGCCUCACUCUGGCUUCAAGACAAACGAACUUUCUUUCCCUAAAACGAUUAGUAAUCUACUUGGAAAAUCCUGUCAUUUUUCAGGGUUCAGUUUAUUUAUUUAAUUUUUUUGUCAACAUUUAAAACUGUACUCAGUUCUUGAAAGUCUUAUUCUUUUUCUAUGUUAAUAUGCCACUUUUUCCAUUUUUCCUCUCUCCGUCCCCCCGGCCCCCAUCUCAGCAGUCCCUGUCUGCCCAGUGACACAGAGUUGACAGCCAGGCUAUCCUGACUGUGCAAAGGUGGCACAAUCAUUUGUUUCCUAAAGAGGGACUUACAUAAAUAGCCACAUGAAGAUUUAGCUUUUUCCUUUCAUACACCUUACAUUUAGGUGUAUUAAUGAAAUGCAGCUGUUCAAAUGCAGGAUUCUGAAGAUGAUGGAAAGAUGCAGGUGGGAUUACUGCCACGCCUUACAGAGAGUGCAAUGUAGAAUCCUACGUGUGAGAGUCAGGGUGAGAUUCUGUUGGUCUUAAGGAGGCAUUAUUGCCACAUGGUGCAAAACUGAUGGCAUCUGACCCUGGACUGCAGCCACAGCCACACCCAGAUCCUCCAAGAGAGACAGACGGGCAGGGGACACAGCAAAUGAGAACAGCAGCACCACUCUGCUGUGAAUACUCUGGAUGUGAUGGAGCUGCUUGAAGAAGAUCUCACUUGCCCAAUUUGCUGCAGUCUGUUUGAUGAUCCCCGAGUUUUGCCUUGCUCCCACAACUUCUGCAAAAAAUGUUUAGAGGGUAUCUUCGAGGGGAAUGUGCGGAAUUCAUUGUGGAGACCAUCUGCAUUCAAGUGCCCCACAUGCCGUAAGGAAACUUCGGCCACUGGAGUUAAUAGCCUGCAGGUCAAUUACUCCUUGAAGGGCAUUGUGGAAAAGUAUAACAAGAUCAAGGUCUCUCCCAAAAUGCCAGUAUGCAAAGGACACUUGGGGCAGCCUCUGAACAUUUUCUGCCUGACUGAUAUGCAGCUGAUUUGUGGGGUCUGUGCUACUUGUGGCGACCACACCAAGCAUGUCUUCUGUUCUAUUGAGGAUGCCUACGCUCAGGAGAGGGAUGCCUUCGAGUCCCUCUUCCAGAGCUUUGACACCUGGCGUCGAGGAGAUGCCCUUUCUCGCUUGGAUACUUUGGAAACUAGCAAGAGGAAGUCCCUACAGUUACUGACUAAAGAUUCAGAUAAAGUGAAGGAGUUUUUUGAGAAGUUACAACACACCCUGGAUCAAAAGAAGAAUGAAAUCCUCUCUGACUUUGAGACCAUGAAACUUGCAGUUAUGCAGGCAUAUGACCCAGAAAUCAACAAACUCAACACUAUCUUGCAGGAACAACGGAUGGCCUUUAAUAUUGCUGAGGCUUUCAAAGAUGUGUCGGAACCUAUCAUAUUUCUGCAACAGAUGCAGGAGUUCAGAGAGAAAAUCAAAGUAAUCAAGGAAACUCCUUUACCUCCAUCUAAUUUGCCCGUAAGCCCUGUAAUGAAGAACUUUGAUACGAGUCAGUGGGAGGACAUUAAACUAGUAGAUGUGGAUAAACUUUCUUUGCCUCAAGACUCUGGCACAUUCAUUAGUAAAAUUCCCUGGAGCGUUUCCCAGUCAUUUGUGGGGGUCCUUCUCUUUGGCCUUGUCACUUUCUUUGGUCCUACCAUAUUCCUGGACUGGUCUUUAUUUGAUGAAUUGGCUACUUGGAAAGACUAUCUUUCAAACUUCAGCUCCUAUCUGAUAAAAUCGGCCGAUUUUGUAGAACAAUCAGUUUUUUACUGGGAACAGGUGACAGAUGGAUUUUUCAUUUUCAGUGAAAGAUUCAAGAAUUUUACUUUGGUGGUGCUGAACAAUGUGGCAGAAUUUGUGUGCAAAUAUAAACUAUUAUAAUCUUACAACUAUGCAGUUCUUUGUCUUUUGUUAGGGAUUGUUAGAGACCAGUGUAGUAAAUCAGAUUUGGUCAAGAUUCCAGUCAUGUGUUUUCCUCCAAAACUAAUGUCCAUAUGUGUUGUUAAAAUUAGGUAGUUUGUAAAGAUAAAAAUGAAACUCAGUAGUAUUGUCCUGAACCCUCUUUUCCUUUUUAAAGAAUGCUUCUUGAAAUUAUUAUCUUCUUCCUUGUAUUGCUCAUGAUAAAAUGGAGGUGAGAGACCGUACGAGCUGGCACUGCAGUGAAGAGGUGGGUAGUCCCAGCAGUGACUGUCCCUCAAGCUUGCUUAAAGGCUACUCUUGUAAAGGGACUGGUUUUGACAGUGAACAUUCUUUUGAGAAGGAGAGCUACUUUGAAGAUACAGGGGGAUUUACAAGUUUUUCUAUAGAAGUUUGAGUCCUUCAUCAGCAAAAUGUAAAUUUUACAUAAACAGAAACUGGUAAUUUUCUUUUGGUAAGUUUACAAUUUUAAGAGGCUGGAGAUUUUAGCCUGGCCCUUUUCUCCUUUGCUUUUUAAAAAAUUUUUUAUCAAAAGUGAUGAAUUACAGAAAUACUAGGCAGCCGUGCAAGAAAGGCAUAGGUUAAAAAAGAAAUUAACACCUGGCAGAAGCAGGAAAUAGGACGGCUACCCUUGUUUGGCAGCGAGUGUUGUGCUGUUCCACAGUAUCACGGCAGCUGUGCCAUCGCCCCACUCUACUCAGAGAAUCCUAAGUGUAGUAAGACUUAAACAACAGAUGAAACAAUCUGUAGGCCAUUAUAAAGUACAGAGUAAUCAGCUGGAUACUAACCUCCCACAAUAAAAACACUUCAUUUUCUCACCUUGCCUAGAAUUCACAUGAAAACAAAGAAGUAACUUUAUCUCACAACUACUCUUUAGUUUGCCGUAUCUGUGUCAGGAAAUGAGACUUGAAAGGUGAAGUAGACUUUGGUUGUGAAGUGGGGACAAGGAUAAAGAUGACAACUUAAUUUGAAGUACAGAAGAAAUCAUUAUCGUCUAGCUGUGAGAACAGUCAAAUAAGAUAAAGCUUGCCAGGCUGGGGUAAUGGCUGCCUCAUUCCUACCAGAUAACUCAUGAUUUGGCCACUAAAUUACUAAGAGGAUCAUGAGAAUUUAAGACGUUUGUCUGUAAAAUCUUAACUCUGCUGUGAAGGCUCAUCGUAGCUGAGAGGGUCUUUGGAAGGGGAGUGGUUUUCUGCUCCCAAUCGUUAUAAAAUACAGAUUUAUAUCUGGUUUUUAUGAAGUUUUUUAUGAAAUACAGACAAGAGAUCUAUUUGAUGUCUAUCCUCAGACGCACUGGCAGUUUUCCUGAAACUAUUUGGUUCUUCACCCGUGCGUGCUCCAAGUUCCCAAGCAACUCAGCCUUGCAAACACAGCUAAGGACACACUGUUUGCCUUGUAGAAGUUACCUGGGAAUCUAAGUCUAUAGUUUUGUUACUCUUCCCUCCUCUAUAUGGUCUGAUCAUAUGUAACUAGCAACAUUUGUGGUUACAAGUUGAUUUACAAGUUCUUUGUCAGUCUGGUUGAUGGGAGCCUCUAGUUUGAAGCUAGGGAAGAUGGGAGUGGUCAAGAACUGGUUACUUUGAAUGUGGGAGGGAAGAUUUUCACAACCAGGUUCGCUCCCCUAA